UUGAUGUGUUUACAAUUACAGGCAUUAAGCAUAUAAUACUUCACUUACCAUCUUCAGCUUAUUUACCUACCCUGAAAAUGGCUCAACUGUCUCUUCCAUCAAAAACUCAGCAUGGCAUCUUUCGUCCAUUGGGAAAUUUCCCCCCCAGUGUCUGGGGUUAUAGCUUUGCUUCAUCUUCACCACUUGAAGCUGAAUUUGAAUCAUACACAAGAGAGGUGGAAGCACUAAAAGAAAAUGUGAAGGACAUGUUAAAGCAAUCAUUAGGAGAAUUAAUUGAGAAUAUUGAGUUCAUCAACUUAUUAUAUCGUCUUGGCGUUUCGUAUCAUUUUGAGGCUGAGAUUGAAGAGCAACUGAGUCAUAUUUUCAUUGCUCUUCCUAAUAUCAUUAAUGACAAUAACCAUGACCUCUAUACUUCAGCACUUAUAUUUCAAGUUCUGAGACAGCAUGGAUAUAAAAUGCCAUGCGACGUGUUCAAAAAAAAUUUCCAAGGACCAACAAUGGAGAAUUCCCCAACAAUGGAGAAUUCAAGAAAAGCAUAA